AGCCAUGGAGCAGAUGACAGUCACACACCAACCAGGCCUGUCAGUCGCUACAGCCUCAGCAGCUGCAUUUCAGGAGCAGGAAAUUGGGGGCUUCACCACAGGAAGUGAAGAUAACUGGAAAUCAAACAACGCCCCUGCGGUGACAGACCUGGUCCUCACACAGCCUGGACUCGGCGUCACCACGACAACCAUUACCACCAUCACGCAAACAGGGGGAAACUGGAGCACUGGCCUGUUUGACGUUUGUGGAGACAAGACUGCAUGUGUUUUCGGGGCUCUGUUGCCAUGCUGUUUAGACCUGAGUUUGGCUCACCAGUACGGUGAGUGUCUGUGCCUGCCUCUCCUACCAGGAUCCACUUUUGCCAUACGAGUCGGGAUCAGAGAGCGGUACAAGAUACGGGGCAGUGUGUGUGAGGACUGGACCACAGUGUAUUGCUGUUACCCUCUGGCUGUAUGUCAGAUGAUAAGAGAGAUGAAGCGGAGGAUGAAGACCCAGACGUAUCAUGUGUCCACUGACCUUGAGUGCUCCUGA